GACAGUAUUACUCAGUAUUAGUCAAAAUUCGCGCCCUUCUUGAAAUACGUAUGCAGCACACAGCCCACGUGUGUCGUCAUUUCCGGACCUGAGCUUCCGGUAUUUUUCUGGACCAAUGCCAAGCUAGUAGAGGAAGAUUAAUGCUGGAGAAGUGUGUUGGAAGAUAAGUUUAAGCAGGAGAAGAUACCAUUCAAUGUUGUUCAUAUUUUACAACUACACUCGAAAGUAGGUAAAAUUUGUGUUCCACACUCCUAUUCAGAAGGGGGCGGUAAAUACACACCUAAACCUGCUUGCCAACUGUCAAUAAAUAAUAGAGAAGAAGUGGCAGAGAAGGAAGUUGGGGAGGCUGACCGCCUCUUCGGUGUCAGAAUACUGUGUACUCUAAUCGUGUUUGACAGGAUUCAGUGUGUAACAGUACCUUACAUGUACGACGGCGACACAAGGGAUAGUACUUUUUAUAGCUUCUUUUCGAAAAGUUACUGUUCACGGUUACAAAAUGCUGAAGAAAGGGCGAGAUUGAUACAUAUUUUUUUUACAUUUUGUAGUCUACCUGCUCUCCGUCAUGGCAGGGGAGGUGAACGGUUCCUCAGGUGUGCGCGGCCGCACCAAACUAGCGCGACACAUGACCAGCAUGGGAAUCAACCCCGCGGCUCUAGCCUAUGCCAUGACCACAUUGGGAUCUUCCAUGAUAAACAAUAUAUUCAGCUUUUAUUACGUCAAGCUCUUCAUCAACAACUACAAGAUAUCAGAAGGCGCUUUCCAUAGAUCACAGGUGGUGUACAUGGUGUGGAAUGCCAUCAAUGACCCUCUCUUCGGAUACCUUCAAGAUACCUCCAAGGUGCCAUGCUGCUCCCACCGGCGUCUCUCUAUCCUGUACGGCGCCCCCCUUUACUCGUUGGCGUUCCUCAUCGCCUGGUUCCCUUGGAGGUCCUAUGAACCCGGUGACUGGCUCAGCGGCAUCCACUUGAUGGUGGCAUUGUGCGCGUUCGACGCCAUGCUAACGUUUGUGCUGCUGGCUCAGUGUGCCCUGUUUGCCGAGAUUUCCGGCCAUCAUCAGAACCGUUUAAGACUCAUCAAGUACAACCAGGUGGCUUCGCUGCUCGGCUCGUCAAGCGUCCUCUUCUGCGGCAUGGUGUCCAAAAACAUGGAAGACUUUGCAGGUUUCCAAGUGUUUGCUGUCAUCAUCGCCAUCCUGAGCUGCGGCUGCAUGCUCUACACGGGCCUCCACAGCGAGAGCCGCUUCGAUGAAAAAGGACUCCACACGGAUGAACAGGAGUGUUGUGAUCGCUCCUCCCAAGGCUUUUCAGUUUCCUUCUCCACAGUGAAAACGCUCACGUGGCAAAUCCUCAUCAAUAGGGACUUCCGGCUCUUUGUGCUCAUGAACUUCUUCCAGGUUUUCAUGCUGGCUUUCUUUAGUAACUUCACUAUGAUAUUUGCAGAGCACCUCAUUCCUCCCGAUGUGCUCUCAUCGCUUGCCAAGAGUAUCAUGUACGGAGCUGGAUUUAUUUGUCCACAGUUGUUAGUAUUGAGCUGUGAGAGACUGCUGCAUGGCCUCGGCUAUUACAGAAUCAUCCUGUACACCUUCUACUUGGAGGUGGCAAUGGGGGCUUUCAUGCUUACGCUUGGUUGUCAACAUUAUCGUGUCCUGGCCUUGUUCCUCACCGUGAGCAUGGUCUUGGUCCAAGCGGCUUUUAGUCUUUUCGGUUUGCCUCUAGCAGACAUCAUUGACACAGACAUGCACAAAUACCAGCGCAGCUCCCCCCUGUCCUCCAUGGUGUUUGGGACCAACGCCCUGUUCACAAAACCUGCUCAGUCUCUGGCCCCAAUGAUAGUGAUUAACAUCCUCAACCAGUUUGGCUAUGAACAGCUGAAAGACACUAAGAGCGACUUAGACCCAAGAGCAUUGGAGAGCCUCCACAGCGUCAUGUUCUAUUUGGUGUGUGCGGUGCCCAUGUGUGUUGCUGCCGUUCAAGUUGUGGCUUGGAGGCCCUUUUCCAUACGCAGCAGUCACACGGUCGAAAGCAAGUACAUUGACUGCUAAUUUAACCUUGCCCAUCCUGGGGUGUGGAAGUGUGUUGGGAUGGUAUGUAUGUGUCACAUAAUCAAGGGAUAGUACUGCACAGUAGAUCACAUUCUGUGCAGCAGAUUGCGUCCUGAGCCUUCUCGCCGAUGGCGAAAAACAACCAAUAACUGAUAACGUCUAUUUUGACACACUGAUCAAGAUUGGGCUAUGCUGCUGCGUCCAGGCGUCGCUAUUGUACGCAACACUUUUCUGAAGGAAGUAGUCUUUAUAUGCAAUGAAUUCAAUUUACAUCGAUACCCUUACUCGCACGAUAUGUGUACCACCCAAUACAGUUGUCCCUCGCCACAUCGUGGUUCAAAUUUAGCGGCUUCACGCUAUCACUGUAAAGGUGACUAUAGCGCCGUUAUUUCAUGUCUAGAGGGCUCUAAUGGUAAAAACCAAAUUAGGUUUUCUAUGCUCAAAUUCAAACACAUUCCAGUUAUAAAUAAAGAAUUCUACUUGGCAGAAAUUCACUUAUCACAGUCGGGUGUAGAACCAAUUAACCACGAUAAACGAGGGAUGACUGUAUAACUGUGCCACACGGACUAUGAGAGUUUACACACGCUUGCACACUAAUGUAGACAUUUUUUCUAUAAUUUAAACAAUUCUAUUACCCGCAAGGCAUGCUGGGUACGUAUUAUGGAUGCGUAUGUUGUGGUCACUAUAUUAUACAUUAGCACAUAUUUAUAAAUAAUCCCCAUUUUAGGGUAAAUGAUUUUCUGCCACAUAAAUGGCCUAAUUAUGAUGGCAAAAGGGCAAAAGGGCAGGUUUUCCCACAAAUUAAAAAAACACAAAAAGAAUGCUUUGAAAAAAUUGCGACCCUGCUGUAUUUUAUCUUGUGAAGAUUUGUGUUAGAUGUGACUGUUAGAAUGUUUGAGGAGAAGACAUCGAGUCUUUCUCUCCGGAGAGGAAAGUGUGUAUAUGUUGACGUUUAUUGACUUGUGGUUGUUAAUGAGCCCUUUAAAGUUGAUUCCAAACAGCGACAACCCGUCGAAGUCAACCAACGUGUCAGGUCCUAGUCCUCCAUCUUCCAAUUAUUACUGAGAAGUUCUCGCUGAAGCCAAGAACAUAGAAAUUUGAGCCUCAAAUGGGUCAUUUCUAUGAAAAAUCAGUCCGUUUAUGUGGUCAUGCUGUAGUAUUGUUAACUUCAUCAUUAUCGAUCGCGUCUUUUUGCAAAAGCAGAUUUGUGGUUAUGUCAAAAUCAUCAAAGGCGUUGGACCAAAACUCCUAACUUCUUUUGAGGUUGACUUCACAACUGCAGGAAAACAAUGUCAGCAAACCCCUUUAUCGCCCCUCCCCCUCAGGUCUUGUGCCAAAGUCACCGCUUAUGUCGACCAAUCCGAGGGAUGUCGACUUAAAACGGAUUCCGUUGUGCUAACAUGACCAUCCUCUUUGCGGAAUUUCUGCAAAUAGUAGCCUGGUGCGUUCAGGUACUCACAUGGGCAGAGUGGACCUUUAUUUGUACGUUUUUAUCGAGACACGGCAAAAUCUAGAAACAUUAGGGGCAUAACGGUACACCAUCAUCACGGUUUGGUUCAUACCUCGGGUUUAAAGGAAAACUGCACAUUUUUUGGAAUAAUCCUUAUGUGAGACAUGAACGCUCAUCUUUUGCUUUUCUAUAUGUUCUUAAGAUAUAAAAAGAGACAGCUCACUACUGCACGUAAUGGGACACACUUGCAGUGUACCGCCUACGAAGACCACUUUUAAAACACCUACAAAAACCUUCAACAAGGUUUUCUGGGUGUAUAUAAAUGCUGUAACCAUGUAGUAACAGGUGCAUUCAUGAUAACAUGGAAUACUUGUGGUAUUUUGUGUAUUUCGGCCGUUGUAAGCAUUACUGGAACUUCCUUCCUGGGUGCAUUGAUUUCACAUAACAACAUAGAAUUGAAUGCCUGCAGCUAGCGUUACCUUUUUCAAACUCAAAAAUAAAAACACAGCAGCAGCUCCAAUAUGGAGCUUUACCCGUCUGUAGUCGCCUGAGGCGUUGUGGGCGAGUGUGUGGUGAAGCUAGUCGCUAGCCGUCUAGUAGCCAGCUGGUGCGGUAUGGCAAGGUGUCAAUACACCAGUAACGAGUUUGAUCAGCUUAACAAUGUUAAUAAUAAUAAUAAUAAUAACAAUGCUGCUGUAGCUUGGUUAAUAUGCACGUUACAUUAUAUGCAAAUGGGGCGUUGUUGCCGCUUUUUCGAGUUUUUUUCUUUCCACAAGGCUUAUUAUAUGUGAGAAUGUGUUUCCCAUUACGUGCAUUCUUAGCUCCAAUUUUUUUAGCUGUUUUUAUAUCUUUAGAACGCACAUAAAAGAGAAGAGCACAUGUGUUCAUGUCUCGCAUAAGGAUUGUGGAUGAUGGGCAAAUUAUUAUUUUUUUUGAAAGUGCAGUUUUUCCUUUAAGGUCACGGUUCGGUUCGUUUUCAGUACAGCAAGGCAACAACAUACAAAACAUGAAACCGCUUAGCUUUUGCGUUAACAGUAAUGAUUUUUAAGUUGCAUCCACUAGUUUUUGUUCGUUUACGUCAGGGGUCACAAACUCUCGGCUCGCGAGGCAGUUGCGGCCCACUGCGUCAUAUUGUGCGACUUGACAUGGAAGAAUAGUUUCAUCCGGCCCGUGAGGUCUGAGCUAGGCCACUGGUACUCCUAAAAAGCACAUCUAAGCUAUCCCUGAAGUAAUAGUAAGCUUGUCACAUAGGCAAUGAACAGGGGGGUCACGAGACAGAACACUACUUGCAAUCGGGGUGCUAACACACACAAACAAAUAACAGCACAACAUGUAACAGGUAAGUAAACACACAUGGGGCAACUACUACUAUGGGGUAUUGUUAGCAACUCUGAACACACACUUUUUACAAACCAAUGACCACAAUGCAUGCUGGGAACCAGCAUCGCUCCAGAUUAGAGUUGUGACAUCCAACUAUCUAUCUAUACAUCCAACUAUCUAUCUAUACAUCCAACUAUCGCAAUAUUAAACCCUACUUUGGAUUCUCGAUACCUUUCACCGUGUAUCGUUUUUAAAAAUUAUUCUUGUUAUUACAGUGUAGCCGCUAUAAACGUGUAUCGCUGUUCCUUCUCAGUGAGUCGAGUGAGCAUUUUACAUGUCAUCUAGGAGGACCUCUUCGCGACAGCGGCAGAAACUUGGGCGGAAACCACAGACGAAAUGAAAGCAGAAGAAAAAAAUAAACCCCCCAAAAAACGGCGCGUAAUACACUGGCGAAGAACGGACACGCCAGCGUCGGAGGACGUGUCUGGCGAAAACACGACAGACAUGCACAACCACCUCAUUUGUCUAAGAGAAAUGUUCCUUUUGCUAUUCAGAUGCUAAAUGUUGUGCUGUUCAAUCAGAAGAUGUUUAGUUUACAUUUUACACGACAGUUCAACCUUAUCCAGUCAUUCUCUGUCUCUUCACUAUUGCCCUACUACGCUAAAUAUUGAUUUUUAAUAUGCUUCUGCUUUAUGGAGUUGAUCUGCUUGAGCGACAUGAGAUGUUGUGUUUUCUGAAUGACUUUAAAAUAGCUUUACUGUUUGUCAGACGCCUUAACUAAAAUCUUGUUCACACUUGUCGCACUAAAACAGUUUCAUUUUUUUGCUUGUAUUCUGGUUAAAAUAUGCUGCAGAAAUUCCACCCGUUUUCUAUCCCGCUUGUCCUCGUUAGGGUCACGGGUUAGCUGGAGCCAAUCCCAGCGGAACGCAGCAUAAUACAAAGUAGGAUUUUUUUUUUAAAUGUAUUUUUUUAUCGUUACCGUGAGCCAUGCAUCGCACAUCUGACCGUAUCGAGAUGUACCCUGAGAUCCCCAGCCCUACUCCCAAUACUUCAUGCGGCCCCAGGUAAAUUGAAUUUGAGACCCCUGCUCUCCUGGGGGACUGUGCCUCGAUAGGUGCUGCUGUUUUGAUUUUGUAAUAAUACCACGGCGUCUAUGAACUGAUGUCAUAACCGUCAAUACCUUUAACUGUUAUGAAAGGGGGCGUCUGUUUGUCUUGAGCGAAUGAUGGAGGCUAAUUGGUGUGGUCACUAUUAGUGGAAAGUACCGUAGUCGUUAUUUUUUAACUGACACUGCUCCGUAAAGCUCAGUAAGACUGAGGCUCUUCUUCUUUGUAAGAGUGAAUUUGUAUGUAAAUAUUCCACUUUUCUACGUCAAUUUCUUUUUCUUUUCUACAUCAAUUGAAUGUUAAUUAUUACGUUUUUUUUUAAAGGUGAUACUGUACCCCUGUAUGCAUUUCUAUUCUUACUAUUGCGCUGUACUACAUUAGACUAUAUCAUGUCAUCUGUGCAUGUAAUGUGCCUUUUUUUUCUUGACAUUUAAGGACCAAAUGACAUUUACAAGAAAAAAAUAUAUGGUUGGUUUAGAAUGUAUUUUAUUAAAAAAUAAUUAUGUUCCCAUUCAUGCACUUGCUCCGUUGUGAUACACAUGCAGAUACAGUAUGUCCACAAGGAUUUUGCCUUUAUAAACACCACCAGAAAGUGCAGAGCUGUCACUAAAAUAUGAUGUAUAAUAUUGGGAA